UGACAAAGGCCGAUGUGAUGCAAGACGCGAGCACGUCUGUGUUUGUACCUUCGCCUCGCAAGGACCCCGCGGUCUGGUUGGAUACAUUCGCGCAUCGCAGCUCCGUCCUUCGCCCCGCCGGGCCCCCGCGGCGCCGCCGAUGGCGGGCACGGCCGGCAGCGGCGCCCUCUACCUGGGCGUGGAUGCGGGCACGCAGGGCCUGAAGGCUCUGGUGUACGACGUCGAGGCCAAGGAGGUGAUCGGGCGUGGAGCCGUGAGCUACGGCCUGAACCCCGGCGGCGGCGUGGGCUGCGCAGAGCAGGACCCCGCGGUCUGGGUGGAGGCGCUGUUCCGCGCCUCCGCGGAGGCCCUGCAGAUGGCGCGCGACGCGCCUCGGGGCGGGCCGGACGCCGCCGCGCGCGUCCGGGGCAUCGGCGUCAGCGGCCAGCAGCACGGGCUGGUGGCGCUCGACGCGAGCUACCAGGUCCUGCGCCCCGCCAAGCUCUGGUGCGACACGCAGUCGGCGGGAGAGGCUGCCGAGCUCGCCGGGGAGCUGGGGUGGCCCAUCGUGGCGAGCUUCACGGUCACCAAGCUGCUGUGGCUGAAGCGGAACGAGCCUGGCGUCUUCGCCCGGCUAGCGCACGUCGCCCUGCCGCACGACUACCUCAACUACGUGCUGACGGGGCAGCUCGUCAUGGAGUGCGGCGACGCCAGCGGCACUGGCAUGCUGGACGUCGUGAGCCGGCAAUGGGAUGCGACGAGCGCCAACCUGGCAGCGGGGACAACAUGAUGAGCGCCCUGGGCUGCGGCUGCUGCACCCCCGGCCGCUGCGCGGUGUCGCUGGGCACCAGCGGCACCCUGUUCGCGCAGGCCAGCAUCGUCUGGCCUGUCCCCACCCCCACUUGGCAUGGCACCGCAGCCCCAACAGCCUCGGCGGGCAUAGGCCCUGCGAAAUUCCGAAGGAAACAGCGCGUCUGUUCCAGGGCUCCGGGCCCGCGCCCCCCCCCCAACCCAUAUGGGAUGCGUCCCAUGGCCUCGAGGGCCCCACCCCCCACAGGUGGGGGAU